AUGGCCGCCGACGGCACCACUGCUGCGGAGCUAUUUGAAAAGGGUCGGCUGUCGGAGACACUGGCUGCCUACAGCAAGGAGGAUGGUGAUCAGUAUUCGCCGCAGAAGGCCGUGUAUACGGCAUGCAACAGAGCGACCGCCAAGCUUGGACUUGAGAUGUUUCGAGCAUGCAUCCGAGAUCUGGACGAUGCAAUCAGAAUAGAUCAAUACGCUCUCCGAGCUUAUCUACUGAAAGACCAAGCCUUUCGGGGCUUAGGUAAGCCCGAUCAAGCUCGCGAGGCCUUGGAGGCAGGCAUUGAGGCUGGGAAGGAAGGAGGAGACGUGGUGCUUUACGUGCAACUGGUCGAGUCCCUCAGACAACUCAACGCCUCGCCUACCCCUGGAAGACCCACCGCUCAAGACGGGGAAGGCUCGACAACGCCGACACACGCGCCAUCAGCCACGGCCCCUCCUGCAAACUGCGGCAACCUUGGCGCCAAGGGCUCAUCGCCUCGAGAGCAAGAGGAACCAUCACCCAAGGAUGGUGACGGCCUCAAGGAUUCCGGUGCCGAUGACGGAGAGGGGACGGCAACACCAGCAGAUGCCGACGGUGGUGGGAAGGGGGGAGGAGAGGCUAUCGGCGAGGAGGUAGACGGAGGCGGCGACGACAACGGCAGCGCAGGUACUGCCGGCACCACGGGGAUCGACGAGAGCGCCGCGGGGGGGAAACCGGGCGGCAAGAAGAAGAAAAAGAAAAAGAAGAAGAGCAAGACCGCCAAGACCAAGUGGGAAGGGGAAGAGGAUGCGUCGGGCAAGCGCUUGACGCUGACAGCGAACAAGGAGGGAGGCGGAGGCGUGGUGGUCGAGGGGCUGCCGGGGGUCCUUGCGGCCAGCGACAUUAGCCCGGUGCUUCUGGAGGCAGCGAGAGCGCAGCUGUGCCAUGCCGUCGGAGACCCAGACGUUGACAACCUGAUCGCUCUAGGAUACCUCCAGGUCAACACCGGCAACUACCGUAAAGCCGUCGAGCUGUUCCGUGGGCUGCUGUCCAUUCGACCAGGUCUUGUGGGUGCCCACCUGGGUCUUGGUAGUGCCCUGGCUCUGCUGGGAGGCAUGGAGCACGCCGUAGCAUCGUUCAGCGCCGCAAUCGAGGCCGACCCACUUGAGCCGGACUGCUGGAAGCGACGAGGACAAACGCGGGCGGCUCUCGGACACGCGGUGGGGGCCCUGAGUGACCUCGAUCGAGCGGUAGAGCUUUUCAACGGCAGGGAUCCCGAUGUUUUGCAUCAGCGCGGCAUGGUGUACCACAAGUUGCGGUACUUCAGCCGAGCCGUAUCAGACUUUAGCGAGGUGGUCAAGUCGAGCGUCGACUCCAAAACCGAUUGGAACAUGAUGGCUUUGUGUCGGGGGCAGCUUGGGGAGCCGGAAGCCGCGGAGGAAGCGUACCGACAAGCGCUUGCGAUCGACCCUUCUUUCAAGGAAGCUUGGACCAACCUUGGCUCCCUGCUCAGAGACUGGGGCAAGGGGGAGAAGGCGUUGGGGGCAUUCGACAACGCUCUUUCGCUCGAUACGGCCUAUGUACACGCGUACCAUCUCCGAGGUUUGUGCAAGCACGGGAUGGGGGACCACAAAGGCGCGCAGGCGGAUUUCAUGAGGGGGUUGUUUUACGACGGCCAGGACGAGCACUGCCGCUACAUGGCUGCGCUGUGCAUGCAUGCCCGAGGGCAGCUGGAAGAGGCCGCUCGCUGCUACGACGCGCUCCUGUCGCUCAAGCCUGGGCACCAGGCAUGGUACACGAGAGAGUGCUGCGUCUACCUGUGGUCCAACAUUCGGCGGCCGUGGCGAGAGUUUUCGCCAGACGCUGAGUUGGAUCCGGAGUUCAAGGAGGCGUGGUGCAAACGACACGAUCCGAUGACCCUGCGGCACUACACGCGGCAUCGCAAACCCACCGGCGCGCAAGCCCGUGUCACUCUCGCGGAGGUGAGGACCACACCCCCAGCCAAGCCGCUGUCGUCGCCGGACGAUAAGACCGACACCAUCAAGACGGCGGCCGCCAAUUUCGCGAAGCCGGACGUCGUCGAGAGCGUCCUCCGAGCCGCGGCUCCGAUCGGCCCCGGGAUUCAGCUCAGAUGUCCGGGAUUUCUGUCCAAUUCCCGCCAACACCGCAUGUUCGGGCUGGCGUCUCUGGAGCUGGCUCAGCUGGUGCGGAGGCACUGGGAUAGCGUGAAGGCGGGGGGAACCGGUGCGAUCGUGCCGGAUGCGGGAUCUUCGCGAUCUGUGGCCGGCAAGCUGCCCGCGGGCGGCGGGGGUGUCGGGGGGCACCCCGUGGGGUACAGAGACUUGUUCGACGUGGCUGUCCGGUGGAGGCAGCUGUCUGAGCCGAACGAUCCUGUGUGGUGGAUAGACCGACUCACAACCGGCGCAUUCAAAGAAGGGUUUGGUCUCCAGACCCCGAUGGUCAACGGGCAGUUGAAGGUGGUGCGGUACUACCCAUACUAUCCAAUGGCCCUCGAUCUCAUGAAGAGCUUGAUGUGCGAGCAGAGCUCGCUUAGCGAGGAGACGAAGGCAGCCAUCAGCCACCCAGACGCUGGACUCGCCGAGCUUUACGAAGCUAUCGGGCACGACCACUGGGUGGUCACCCCUUGCCAGCGCUCGAGUCUUGGACCCGGCAGCGAGGGGCGGAUCAUGGAGGGGACCCGCUUAACCAUCGUUGCCAACAACCCGGAGGGUUUCGAGUUCACGAUACGAACACCAGGGACACCGGAGCGGUGGCGUCAAUACGAAGACGAGCUGUGCGCGGUCUGGGGAAAGCUCACCGCCGCGUUCUGCGAAGGCGAUUCCCCUGCUGCAGACUGCCGAGGGGAAGAGGGGGAAGCCAACAACAGGGAAGACGUCGUGUGCGACCUGAUCUUGACCAUGUUUUACUACUGGGUUAACUUUGGCCCCCUUAGCCGCGGCAGCGCGGCGUGCGGGUACAUCGUUCUGUCGGGGCUUAUGGCAGCGGCGGGUUGGCGGCUGACCGAGCCCCUCCCCGUGAACGUGCAAAUGGACUGGGAGGCAAUCCUCAGACCAAAUCCCGAGGAAUUCAUCAAGAAGGCAGGCCCGUGGCUAAGGCGAACGCGUAGGCGAGAAGACGUGCUGGAGGGCGUGCAACCGGUGCCAGCCGCGUUUCCGACUCCUCUGGAAGCGAUCAAGGCCCUCAACGGUCUGUAGACGGGGGAGGGUGUUUGUCGUUUUGUCCGGGAAAAUGAUGUUGUUCUGUAGACUAGUGGUUGUGUGUACCGUACGCGUGGAAUCUGGCUUGUUAAUUCUAUUGUUAGUGGAUAAAAAAUGGAUCGUACACCCAACACGAACAACACCCCAGGCUCACAUCUACUGCAGGGGUUUGGCUAAACCUGAAAGCACAGCACCUCUAAAUGUUCGAAGGCAACCUUAUGCUGCUACAGCAGUACUGCGGGAGGACUGCGUGAAUCAUUGCCUCAAAAGGCUUGCAACAUGGCGGUCAUACUACGCAGUGAAAGGAGCAGCAGUUUACCCUCUCGAUAUGGCAGUGGCUGCGCCUUGUCUUUGCACGUGGCAACGAACAAAGGCGAG